AUGAGUAGACUUCGCGUGCACGAGUCACCAGUAAAGGCUGGGUAUCUCAGCAGGAUUCCAGAUACAUUUAGCGUAGGAGACAGAUGUUUCUCUGACGAUGACUUCGAGAUAUCGGACAAUAGCUAUGAUGAAGGAUCCGGGUCUGACGAGGAUGGCAGGUAUGACGAGUAUGAAUGGGACACUGAUGACGAAGUCGAGGAAGCCAAUGCGAAUGAUAAUAUCCUCAGGAUAAUUGAGGGAGAUUGGUGGUGA